GACAGGGGUUUGAGCCCUGGAGUUGGAGUUACGGCCCACGUGGGGAGCUACGCGGUAGAUCCGGCUUGAAUCCCUAGUGCGGGAGAGGGACCUGCAGUGGAGAUGGGGCCGGCCCCCGCCGGAGAGCAGCUACGCGGAGCAGCUGGGGAGACAGAGGAACUUGCCCUAGAAGGUGUCAGCAAGAAGGCAACUUCAAGAAAGCGUGCAAAAGCUGAGCCACCUGCAGAAGGCCUCCUGCAGCCAGUGAAGCUCAGUCGAGAGGAGCUGUACAAGGAGCCUACAAAUGAGGAGCUGAAUCGCCUGCGUGAGACUGAGAUCUUGUUCCACUCCAGUUUGCUUCGUUUACAGGUAGAGGAGUUACUGAAGGAAGUGAGACUCUCAGAGAGGAAGAAAGAGAGGAUCGACACUUUCCUGAAGGAGGUCAAUCCGCGGAUCCAGAGAGUGCCCUCUGUCCCUGAGACUGAGCUCACUGACCAGUCAUGGCUCCCAGCUGGGGUUCGAGUGCCCCUCCACCAAGUUCCCUACACUGUGAAGGGUUCCUUCCGAUUCCUGCCUCCAUCCCAGAUCACUGUCGUAGGCAGCUACCUUCUGGGGACUUGUAUCCGACCAGAUAUCAAUGUGGAUGUGGCUCUGACCAUGCCCAGAGAAAUCUUACAGGACAAAGAUGGGCUGAACCAGCGAUACUUCCGCAAGCGAGCCCUUUACCUAGCUCACUUAGCUUACCACCUGGCCCAAGAUCCCUUCUUUGGCAGUGUUCGCUUCUCUUACACCAAUGGCUGCCACCUGAAGCCCUCGCUGCUGCUGCGGCCACACGGGAAGGAUGAGCGCCUGGUUACUGUACGUCUGCAUCCAUGCCCUCCUGUAGACUUCUUCCGCCCUUGCCGCUUGCUGCCAACCAAGAACAAUGUGCGAUCCGCCUGGUACCGCGGGCAGAGUGCUCCAGAGAGUGCAAGCCCAGAGCCCCCUACACCCCACUAUAACACAUGGAUCCUGCAGGAUACAGUGCUUGAAUCUCAAAUGCACCUGCUGUCAACUGUGUUGGGCUCUGCCCAGGGACUGAAGGAUGGUAUAGCACUUCUGAAGGUUUGGCUGAGGCAGCGGGAGCUGGAUAAGGGCCUGGGUGGAUUUAAUGGGUUCCUUAUCUCCAUGCUGGUUGCCUUCCUCGUGUCUAAACGCAAGAUCCAUACUACCAUGAGCGGCUACCAGGUCCUGAGAAGUGUCUUGCAGUUUCUGGCCACUACAGAUCUGACGGUCAAUGGAAUCAGCUUAUCUCUCAGUUCAGAUCCCUCCUUGCCAGUGCUGGCUGACUUCCACCAGGUUUUCCCAGUUGUGUUCCUGGACUCUACAGGCCGCCUCAACCUCUGUGCCGAUGUCACAGCUUCCACUUACAACCAGGUGCAGCACGAGGCACAACUGUCCAUGGCCUUGCUGGACAGCAAAGCUGAUGAUGGAUUCCAGCUGCUGUUGAUGACACCCAAGCCCAUGAUACGGGCUUUCGACCACAUUGUCCAUCUCCGUCCACUGAGUCGGCUGCAGGCAGCAUGUCACCGGCUCUUUGGGACCGCUAACCACGAUUUUGGAGCAGGGUCUGGGGGCCCGACUGCACCUGCUGGCUCACUCUCGGCCCCCAGUUCCAGAGUGGGAUAUCAAGGAAGAUCCACCGAAGCAUAAGGACUCUGGGACUCUGACCCUGGGAUUGCUCCUCCGGCCUGAGGGACUGACCAGUGUUCUUGAUCUUGGUCCUGAGGCUGACCAGCCUGAGGCUGCUGACUUCCGUCAGUUCUGGGGAUCCCGCUCAGAACUUAGACGUUUCCAGGAUGGAGCCAUCCGGGAAGCUGUGGUCUGGGAGGCGGCCUCUGUGUCUGAGAAGCGCCUUAUUCCUCAGCAGGUGGUCACCCACCUCCUGGCACUCCAUGCUGACAUCCCAGAUACCUGUGUCCACUAUGUGGGUGGUUUCCUCGAUGCAUUGAUCCAAGGCCCAAAAGAGGUCUCCAACACAGGUGAAGAGGCCCUGGCAUUAGCUGUGCGUUGCUAUGAUGACCUCAGCCGCCUGCUAUGGGGGCUGGAGGGUCUCCCACUCACUGUGUCUGCCGUUCAGGGAGCUCACCCAGUGCUGCGCUACACAGAGGUAUUCCCUCCACCCCCAGUUCGGCCUGCCUAUUCCUUUCAUAAGCAUCUCCAAGAGCGGGCCUCACUGUUGCCCAGGCUGGAUAAGCCCUGCCCUGCCUAUGUGGAGCCUAUGACUGUGAUUUGUCACCUGGAGGGCAGUGGGCAGUGGCCUCAGGAACUCCAGCAGCAGCACCCAGCCUUCUCAGGUGUGGCUCGCCUGGCCAAGCGGUGGGUACGUGCCCAGCUCUUGGGCGAGGGAUUCACUGAUGAGAGCCUGGAUCUGGUGGCUGCUGCCCUCUUCCUGCACUCUGAACCCUUCACCCCUCCCAGCUCCCCUCAGGUUGGCUUUCUUCGGUUCCUUUACCUGGUGUCUACCUUUGAUUGGAAGAACAACCCUCUCAUUGUCAACCUCAACAGUGAACUGACUGCUGAGGACCAGGUAGAAAUUCGGAGUAGUUUCCUGGCAGCACGGACACAACUCCCAGUCAUGGUCAUCAUUACCCCCCAGGACCGCAGAAGCUCUGUGUGGACGCAGGAUAGACCUUCUGCCCAGAUCCUUCAGCAGCUUGUGAUUCUGGCUGCUGAGGCCCUCCCGGUCCUAGAGAAGCAGCUGAUGGAUCCCCGGGGGCCUGGGGACAUUAGGACAGUGUUCCGGCCACCCUUCGACGUGUACGAUGUACUGAUUCACCUGACUCCCCGCCACAUUCCCCGGCACCGUCAGGCUGUGGACCCUCCGGCUGCUUCCUUCUGCCGUGGUCUGCUCAGUGAGCCAGGGCCUUCAUCUCUGAUGCCUGUCCUAGGCUAUGAUCCCCCUCAGCUCUAUUUGGCACAGCUCAGGGAGGCCUUUGGAGAUCUGGCACUUUUCUUCUAUGACCAGCAUGGUGGGGAGGUGAUCGGUGUCCUCUGGAAGCCCACCAGCUUCCAGCCCCAGCCCUUUAAGGCCUCCAACAUAAAGGGGCACAUGGUGGUGUCUCGAGGUGGGGAGCUUGUGAUGGUGCCCAACAUAGAAGCAAUCUUGGAGGACUUUGCUGUGUUGGGUGAAGGCCUGGUGCAAUCUGUAGAGGCCCGAAGCGAGAGGUGGACUGUGUGAUUCCAACUUUGUGACAAGCAGUAGGUGCACCGUGGGACUUUGGACCGCUGGAGCAGUAUGUCAGUGGGCAGCCACUGCAAUAUGGACACCUACUGGCCUGAGUACACUGAUGAUCCCCAGAGAAAGCGCUGCCAGGUUUUUCAGUCUAGUGCUUUAGCACUGGGGCAGGGGCCAUGGUACCCUGUGUCCCCUAGACCUGACCAACCAAAUUCCCCAGAAGAGGAGGAGCCAGCUCAGACGGAACUGAAUCCACAAGAUCCAUUUGCCUGUCA